UCGUCGUGUUGUGUUUGCUGUUACUCACAUCGCCAUCUUGUUGCAUGACUAUCAAUGUGUGUCUAAGGAUUUACGAAAGUAAUCCGGAUAUUGCAUUUGGGAUUUUUCUUCAGAUCAAUUGCAACGUCGGCAGUGAAUAAACAAUUAAGCGGUCCUGUACCUACUUACUCGCUCGCAUUUUGUAAAAGCGACCGUGAGGUAUAGGGCGCGAGAUGAGCAUCGAUACACUGUUGGAAGCCGCCAGGUAUUUGGAAUGGCAAGCCCAGCAACAACAGAUUACACGUGAGGAGGAGGAGAAGCGAGAAAAUGCCCUCGCCGCCCGGGAGGCUGAGCAGCAGCAGCAGCAACAGCAACAGCAGCAGCUGCGGCGGGCGGCCGAGAUGGGUCCGUCGCUGAUGCCCGCGCCCAUGCAGGUGAACCAUGUGAGCUGGGGCGUGGAGACGCAGCGGCUCCACCAGCAUCAGCACCAGCAUCAGACCCACCUCCCCCCCAUGCAGGCCUCCAUGCCCAUCACGGUCAUCCCCAUCCCCAUGGUGCAGGCCAACGCUGCGCCCCAGACUCACCCCGCUGUCACUGUCACUGCCGCCGGCGCACCCCCACACCUGCACGCGGUGGGCCCUGUGCCGGUGGUGGCCCCUGUUGCCACGGCGCUGUCCCCGCAGCCCGCUCCGCUCCUCAGCAGCCCCUCGUCCACAGCGGCGGCAGUGGCGGUCGGUGCCGCGCCGGGAGGGAAGGAUAGUCCGUCGCCGCCACGCCAACGGCAUCUGGUGGCCGCCGUGAAGACCGAGGCCAGCAUCCUGCCCCAGACAGGAACCAGCCCCAAACAACAGCAGCAGCAACUGCCGCCAAACCCCCAGCCGCCCCCUCCUCCUGCCCCACACGGUCAGCCUGCCCAGCUGCUGCAGCCCUACACCGGCCCCAUCAUCGCCGCCCCCCAGCACGCCCUACUUCCCCAGCCGACCCUCACACAGCCCCAUGCCCAGCCGGGCCAGAUGACGGUGCGACCCAACGGCGCCUCGCUGGAGGAUGUGAGGGGCCUGGAUGGGAAGAGAAGACCUGGCGGAGCGGGGACUAGGGAGGUGCACAAUAAGUUGGAAAAGAACAGACGAGCACAUCUCAAAGAGUGCUUUGAGACCUUGAAACGGAACGUUCCAAACGUGGACGAAAAGAAGACCUCCAACCUCAGUGUGCUGCGGAGCGCCUUGCGUUACAUUCAGACGCUGAAGCGCAAGGAGAAGGAGUACGAGCACGAGAUGGAGAGGCUGGCCCGGGAGAAGAUCGCCACGCAGCAGAGGCUAGCCGAGCUCAAGAACGAGCUGGGCCAGAGCAUGGACAUGCUGGAGAUCGACCGCCUACUCCGCCAGACCGUGCAGCCUGAGGAUGACCAGGCGUCCACCUCUACUGCCUCAGGUAAAGGAGAGGACAACUUCGACCAAGAUGUGGACAGCGACAUGCCAUUGGCCCCCUCCACUGCCCUCCCCAAACUCCCGCACGCGCCCCUCUCCUCUGACCCGCGGCCAGCCAUGGCACCGGCCUCGCUCCUCCCAGCACAGCUGCAGCUGCCCCCGCAGCAUCUCACCAUUCACCCGCACAAGCUGGCCGCGGCUGCCGUGACGGUCUCGACCCUGCCCAGCGCCGUCACGGUCUCCGUCUCGUCCUCGUCCUCGCAGCCCCAGGCGCUGGUGACGCCCCAGGCCAUCGCGCCGGCGCCCCUGCCCUCUGUGCCCGUCUCCACCACCACCACCCACCUGGUGGUGCCCCAGCAGCACCCGCAGCAGACCACCGUCAUCGCCCACGCCUCCAUGUCCCACGCCUCGGUCAUCCAGGCGGUCAACCACGUCCUCCCGGCUGGCUCCAAGCACCUCGCCCACAUAGCCCCCUCCGGAGGCGCCCCCGGCCAGGCCGGACCCACCGUGGGUCAGCCUAUCGGACACAUCACCGUGCACCCCGUGGCGCACCUGAGCCAGCACCUGCCCGCACUCUACCCGCAGUCGGUGGCCGUGUCGCAGCCGGCCGUGGUGGGCCACAUCGCCCACGCGCUUACCGCCGCCCACCACCCGAGCCACGCGCCCAUCGUCAACGGGGCAGUGCCGGUGACCGGGCCGCAGGCGGCCGCGACGGUAGUGGGCAAGCCCACAGCAGUGGUGGCCCACCACCACCCGCAGCUGGUGGGACAGACUGUCCUCAACCCAGUGACUAUGGUGACCGUGCCUCAGUUUCCCGUCAGUACGCUCAAGCUGGCCUGAAAACAAACUAACAAACAAACAAAAAAAACGAGCAAGUGAAUGAGUGUUGUUUGACUGAGACAGCGAUUGGGUGAUGAAUGGGUGUGGUGUGCAGUGGUGGCCGUGGUGGCACUGACAGACCUCAGAGUCAAACCCGGAAACAUAACCUGAUCUGGGCCGGAUCAGAGCAGGACCCAACCCACUCUCUAGGAUGCUUCCUCAUAGCUCACGUCCUCCAGUUUUGAAUGAAACCAUGCAUCUCCAGACUUCCAUGUUCACCUGAUGUUACUGUCCGAGUGAGUGCACGCUGUGGGUCCUAGCUUGUUUAAAAUCUAGACCUUCAAUGAUCUCAGUCAUAUGCACUUAGUCAUGGACUUGUAGAGUGGAAAAUGUGUCCCUUUUGGCUUUGUCAUGUUUGUGUUUGUUUUACAUGUUGAUUUUUUUGUUGUUAUGUCCUCUCUGUGUGUGUGUGUGUGUGUGUGUGUGUGUGUUAUUUUUUUAACUGUACUUACAAAGAUGCCCACAAUUCACGUCUCCAAGGCAUAAUCCCCUUCCUCAAACACACACACUCUCAGACACACACACACACACACCCACAAGCACACACGCGCACACACACACACACACACACACACUCUCAGACACACACACCCACAAGCACACACGCGCGCGCACACACACACACACACACACACACUCUCAGACACACACACCCACAAGCACACACGCACGCACACACACACACUGACAAACCCUCUCUCUGUGAGAGCCCGGUGGUGGCUCCUUGGCAUGACUGGAAUGCCAGGCUUUAAUGUCAAGGCAGCAUCACCGUCGUCAUGGCAGAGCUGGGGAGCUGGAAGUCUUUCUGAAGCUCAAUAAACACUGAACUGCUUUUACCCACAAGUGUCCUCAGCAAAAUUACAUUGUUGAUCUGUCCUGCCCUAGACAGUAGUUUUGGUUUUGGCUUACUGGCCGUGGUCCUUAUGAAAUGUUUGUCCCAGUGAAAAAGAAGAUACACUGCGAUCAAUUAAGGAAUUAAUUCCUGAUGUAGACGGGAGCUGAGUCCACGAUGGAUCAGGGCCAGAUCAAGGCCAGAGCUGGACUCUUGUCUCUGGGAUGCUGAUAUUCAGAGUGCAACCUCAUCUUGGCUGUGUGUAACAAGACAUACACGCAAACCUGGACACUAAGAUCCUUGAAGUGCCUCAGAUAGGGAGGAGUAUAGCCCAAGUCUGCCCUCUGGUGUCCACAAAGAGAAACUGAAUGUCCGGGAAACACUACACAUGUGCCACCACGGUUUUAGCAGUUAGUAGUCACCAAGCUUGAUGGUGACAGAUUGGUCACCAUGUCAAUUAAAUCACAUGCUUCACUUGGAAUUCAUAGGAGAGACCACAACUUAGCAACUUCAAAUUAGAACCCAGAGUAUGUUGAACAUGCCCACAUUAGUGCUGUUCAUCUUAGUCAUGUUGGCACAAAACCCAGAAUGGUCCUAAGCAGUUGAUUUGGUUGCCAUUGACUACAACAUAUGUGUGAGUUAAUAAGUUGAGUUAACAUGUCUCUUAUAUUUCUCAGUGACUGAUCCUGGUGUAGUUUUUAUUGUGCGUAUGUAUGUCUUUUCUUUCUGUUGACGUCUGGUUUGGGUCGUGUGCAUUUGGAUGAAGAAGUGAGUUCGAACUGGACGAUGAAAUGCCGUCAAAUAGUGGACUGUGUAUAUGUGCUCAUAAUGUUUAACCUAUUCAUUCUGACUGUGACUGUUGAGUUUACUUUACCAGGGUUGUGUUCCCCGUCUGCAUCCUAGAGACGUAGAGCUUGUUAUGGGUACUUCAGCAACACCGAUCUUACCAUCUAGACCGCUAGCCCUGACAUUAGUCAGUAGCUUGUGAUCACACAUAUAGGUGCUGGUUUCUGGUACUUAGUGUGUUCUUUUUUUUGUUCUUCUAAUCCUUUGUUCUCCGGAGAGGGUGAUUUGGGAGUGCUCAUGCCGGCUGAGGAGUGCGCCCUCUUUCGUUGCAGUGGGUGCAGCGACGCUGAUGUAGCAUGCGCGCGGCGCGCGGCGGUGUGGCGUCGUAUCAGGCUCUGGGUUGAACCUUAACACUGUGACACCCCACUUAAGGCCACCCCACACUACCCCACCUCCAUUACUGCAAGGAUUGUGUGUUAGUGUGUGUGUGUGUGUAUGUAUGUGUGUGUAUGUGUGAGUGUAUAGAAAGACCAUGUUUUCCAUACUCUGUAAAAGAAAGAAAAUGUAAUGUCUGUGAAAUUUAUUUGUGAGGGUUUUUUCUUUUUUUUAAAUAUGUGUAUGUAUGUAUACAUGUGGGUAUAUGCACGCAUUCACAUAUGUGUAUGUAUAAUUAAGAUUAUACUGUUGCCUGUUUUUUACUGUUGCAUGUAGAUUGCAAUUCUUUCCAUUCAGAUAUUGAUUUGUGAUUUGUAUUAAUUUCCUUAUUAUUUUUUCUGGGACCAUGUACUAUGGUAUGAUAUGUGGGGACCUCUAGACCUCAUCCUACAUUGAUAUUAUAUAUAAAAACUGUGCGUUUUUCCCUAUGGAGAAAGUUUAAGUUAUAUAUUGCCUGUACAUUUUGGGCUGCAUUUAGAUCUAAUUGUCCACUAUGUUUAAAAAGAAUAACAAUCAUGAAAGUAACAACAAGAAAACAUAUACUACAUUAAUAAAAAGCAAUGAAGAUUCAUAAUAAAUCUUAUGACAUUUACA